UGCAAGCAGAAUAAGCAAGUCAAAAGGAUUAGCAGGGGAAAUCGAAGCGAGCACUGAUAAAGAGGCAAAAUAUUCAGAUUGAAUGUGAUGACCAAUUGCUAUAGGUGACGGACAUCGCUUCGGACAUCACUAUCUCUGAGGCAGAUGAUAGAUUGGUGUGGAAAUCCUCAGUUCUUUUAAUUAUUCACCGUUUGGAGUCCAAAGACAGCAUUUUUCUUUGCUCUGUAGUGAAUUUUGAUACAAAUAACAACAACCCAAAAGGGUUGGCAGCCACUUGAGACACAAUGGAAUCUGGCGGGAAAAUGGAAUCUGGCUUGGACAACCCGGCCUUUGUACAAGACAGUCCCAAAAAUGAAAGAAGAAAGUCCAAGGAAUCGCUGGCCAGUGCGGAUUAUGAGCCCUACAGUCAAAGAGUCGUCGCUCUGCCAACAUCAAAUCUCGAGACGUUACUGCAUCUCGUGAAGGGGAGCAUGGGUAGUGGAAUCCUGGCAAUGCCUAAUGCGUUCAAAAACGCGGGAUAUGCUUUUGGUUUUGUUGCCACAAUUGCCAUCGGCGUAAUUUGUACUUAUACAGUUCAUCUGCUGGUUGAAAGUUCCUACGCCCUAUGCAAAAGGCGGAAAGUGCCGAGCCUCGACUACCCUGAAACUAUGAUAGAGGCAAUGAAGGAAGGUCCUGGGUUCAUGCCCAAAAUCGCUCCAUACGCGGGAUAUAUAGUGAAUUUCUUCAUUUUCUGGUUCCAAGUUGGAACGUGUUGUGUAUAUUUUGUUUUCAUUUCUUCAAAUUUGCAACUGGUUUUGAACAACUACACUACUGACGUGAUCGACGUUCGACUGUACAUGUGCAUGAUUUUGCUCCCAAUUAUGUUGCUUAAUUGUGUGAGACAACUGAAGUACCUGGCACCGUUCUCCGGACUAUCCAACAUUCUGAUUGUCUCGGGAGUCGGAAUAAUCCUUUACUUCAUUUUCCGCGAUGGCCUGCCGGACAUUGGAGAGAGAAAUUGGAUUGGUGAGGCCAGAGGCAUUCCGCUUUUCUUUGGAACCGUUUUAUUCGCUCUGGAAUGCAUUGGAGUUAUCAUGCCUUUGGAGAACAAUAUGAAAUCUCCAAAAAAUUUCGGCGGAGCUACAGGUGUUUUCAACCAGGCCAUGACGAUUAUUAUUUUUCUGUACACUGGUCUUGGAUUGCUCGGAUACUUGGAAUACGGAGAGAAAAUCUUAGGAUCAAUCACACUCAAUCUUCCUGAAGAAGUGUUGUCACAGGUGGUGCAGAUAAUGAUGGCUUUGGCAAUAUUCCUCACCUACCCCCUUCAGUGCUACGUGGCUGUAGAUAUACUUUGGACCACCUACAUUUCCCCCAAAGUUGAUAACAAGAAGUAUCGACUUUUUGGCGAAUACGGAGUUCGAUGUGGCAUAGUUCUCUUAACAUUCGGUCUGGCGGUUGCCAUUCCCAACCUGGAGCUGUUCAUUUCGCUUGUGGGCGCCCUUUCUUUGAGCGUCGUCGGGAUCAUUCUUCCUCCGAUCAUCGCAUUCGCCACUUUCAAGCACCAGAGACGAGGCUGGAGAGUGUUUAAAAACAUAGCAAUAGUAAUUUUUGGUAUUCUGGGCAUGAUCACCGGCACUUAUGUCAGCAUUGUUGACAUUAUUGAGAGUUUGUUUUAAAUUAUUUUCAAAAAAUAAGUUUAAAAGAUUGACUUGUGAAAAAUUUUAAAUUGUUUCGAACAAAUAUAUAAAUUUGAAAGUUAUUUUAACUCAAUUAUUUUGUAAAGAGAUCCAACCUGAAGUUUUGAGGUGAAGCUAUACACGGAUUUUAUUUUACCUGCGAUUUAUUGAGGUGAUAAUAUAAACUUUGUUUGCAUUUACAUAUUUUUAAUGAAUUUUUCUGGCUGCGAAUUUGAGGGCUUCUUGUCAGAAAUUUUCCAUUAUAAUGCUGACUAAAUUUAUUACUUUCUCGUUAGAAAUGAUAUCUUCUGUCAAUUGCACACACAAAUAUCCCGCUAUCAAACUUAAUAAGACCGUUUCAAAGCCCGCCCUCCACCUUCAAUAACACAAAAAUUAUUUUCUG